AUGACUUCUGCAGGCCUUCAGAUUUUGGGUAUGUUUCUGGCAUGUGUUGGUUUUGUGGGAGACAUCAUCAUCUGCGCCCUGCCUAUGUGGAAGGUGUCUGCUUUCAUUGGGAAUAAUAUCGUGACCGCGCAGACCUUCUGGGAGGGCCUGUGGAUGAACUGUGUGAAGCAGAGCACAGGCCAGAUGCAGUGCAAAGUCUAUGACUCCAUGUUGGCUCUGCCUCAGGACUUACAGGCUGCCCGUGCCCUAGUAGUCAUCUCCAUCCUGGUUGUCUUCAUGGGGAUCCUGCUCUCCAUCGCAGGAGGGAAAUGCACCAACUGUGUUGAAGAUGAGGCCGCCAAAGUCAAGGUGGUAGUCACUGCUGGGGUGUCCUUCAUCGUCGGUGGUCUCCUGUGCCUCAUUCCUGUGUCCUGGUCUGCUAAUGAGAUCAUCAGGAACUUCUACAAUCCUGUCAUCAUCGACGCCCAGAGGAGGGAGCUUGGUGCUGCGCUCUUCAUCGGCUGGGGGUCUGCAGGACUGCUGCUGAUCGGGGGUGCACUCCUUUGCUGUCAGUGUCAGCGGCGCAAGGACAACAGAUACUCUGCCAAAUACUCGGCUCCUCGCUCAUCCGCUAGUGGAGGGGCCUACGUCUGA